CGAUAAGCCUGUCCUUAUGCGUUCUACCAUACCUCAGUUUUGAAAAGACUGAGAACAGCUGAAAAAUUUAAAAAACCCAUCUUUAUCCCCUGUGGCUCCGCAAAUUAUAAGUAAAAAGUUAAGUCUAGUAACUUGAUUUGGUUGACUGACAUGCUCCGAGCCAUUACAGCCAGUAACUUGCGAUCCACACGGAUCCCGGUGCGACCAACUGGAAAGUAUAUAACCAAGAGAUUGCAGACAACCAAUGCCGACGGCAAGAAAUCACGGACUGGCCAGGUAGUAACUGGUAUCUUUUUGGCUGGUUCUGUCGUAGCGGUAUCGUACUGCGGGGCAGUCUACUACUCUUUAGGCGAUCAAACCUUUCGACAAACAUUCGUUCAACAUGUACCUGGCGCGCAAUCAGCGGUUCAGUUUGCCGAGCACUUGACGCAACAAGCCGAUACUUCUAGCGGUUCUUCAGUAUCACUGAAGCAACAAGCAGAAGAGUAUAAAGAGAUAAUGACAGAGAAGGUCAAAAGUCUUACUUCAGACAGCUAUGAGUAUCUUCAUGACGCCUACGCCAAAUUGACUGGUCAAACAGAGCCUCCUAAAUUAUCCUCACAAAUGCCUACCUUGCCGACUGGAGAGGAUAAAGAAAACAUAGAACAGACUAUUCCCAGACGGAAAAAGCGAACGGAGUCACUCAAUGGCAAAGAGAAGCUUCCAGCAAUUUCUAAGGCGGACAACCUGACCAACGCCGAAUCAGCUCAGCUGGGUACAUCCAAUUUGGAGGAGCAGCCUGUGGACAUUGUACGCAUAGUACCGGACGUAGCCAUGGAACCCAUCAUUCUCUCCGAUAUCACACUAAACCACCAUGAUAUUGAAAGAAUACAGCGCGUUUUUGGAGAUAUUACACAGCUACUGAAUGAGUCAAAACUUUCAGACGAUGGCCGAGGAGCAAUGGGGGAUGCGGAGGAACAGCUCUUAGAGAUAAACGAAAAGCUUAACCGGAUAUACGAACAGCACCAAGAUGUAUUGGAUGGAGCUCGGCGCACAUCCGAGAGACUCGAAGCUUUAGGUCAUAUUUUUAACAUGGUCCAGGACGGCUAUAACGAAAAGAUCUACGUGGCUCAAAAGUACACAGAAGGGCAAGUUGGAGAGAAGGAAAGAGAGUUGUCUGAUAUAUUCUACGAAGAGAGAGCAGCUAUGGUUGCAGAAUUUAAUGCCAAGCUGACCAAGCAAAUAGAUGAAGAGCGACAAAAGUUCAUGAUAGAGAAAUCAGCUCAAAUGGCGGAUCAAAAAGAGACAUUGGACAAAUCAUAUACUCGCCAAGUUCAGAACAAAGUGGAAGUCGAAGGAGGUGGCCGUUUAGGAGGAUUGGACAACCUGGUAGCUCGUCUGGCUGUUCUCGAAAAGCACGCCUAUGAAACUGCAUUGUUGAUCGACAAUGCCAGCUAUUCACACCGAUUGACUGUGGCUAUCUCAGCUCUCGAUAAAGCCACUGACAAAGGAUGUAUGCGAUCCUUUUCACAUGAACUUUCGGCAUUGCGAAAGUUAGCAAGUACGGCCACUGGCGCAGACAAGGAGCUGAUGGAGACUGUUCUAGAUAGCGUUCCUCACGAGCUUGAGUUUGAAGGCGUACAGUCUAUUUCAGAACUGCGGGCAAGAUUUAAUUAUCUUGCUGACGAGGUGCGACAGUCAUCGCUGAUUUCGGAAAAUGGAGGCAUAUUCUCCCAUAUGAUAUCGAUCACUCUCAGCAAGCUUAUGUUCAGAAAGCAUGGACUUGUUUCUGGAGAAGAUAUCGAAGCCCGCUUAGCUCGUGCAGAGUAUCAUUUGAGAGAAAAUGAUUUGGACAGCGCAGCAAGAGAAUUAAAUCAGCUAACCGGCUGGCCCAAGAAGUUGGCAAGUGGAUGGGUCGCUGAUGCCAGAAAGCGACUGGAAGUGAAGCAAGUCAUCAAGAUUGUUGAGGCCGAAGUUGCCAUCUCAAACCUUGCAAAUCUUAGUACAUAAUUGGCAUUUAUAGAAUUACAUUUUUUAUUUCUUCGUUUUUGUUAAAAUGCUUUAAGCAAAGCUUAAUUGACUUCUAUCCUGCUGCGAGUGAUUC